AUGCCACAACGAAGUCGCCAUCAGGACCUCGAUUUUGAGAUACACGUCGACCCAUCCUCUGCAAGCGAGCCUAUGGAUGAGAAACUGCCUACAAUGGAGCAUGAGGAUGUAGCUGGUGCCGAGGAGGCGACUCCUGCUGAGCAGGGCUCGCAUGCUAGUGCUAGUGAAGACGAUACGAUAACAAACAAUGGAGAAAUCAAGCAGAGUGUGGAAGAAACAGACGCAGACGACACACCUGCUGAAGAUUCGCUACUGAGCAAUGAAGAUUUGCAGCCGACGGUGGAGGAGGUCGCCGACAACCCUGAGGACGAUUCGGUACUUGAUAGCAAUGUCUGGGCCGAAGAGGAUGGCCCCGACUCACGGAGGGAAUCCGCCUCGUCGAACAUGGAGGAUUUUGAUGGCGAUAUUGGGAGGCGGCACUCCAUGCGAACCGAGGCGCUGAUUCACGCAGCGGCUAAAAACAUUGUAGAAGCCGUUGCCGAUGCCCCUCGUGAUUCUAUUCAAAGCGCCGCCUCAGCACCCGAAGAGGAAGAAACAAGCUUCGCUACCGAGUCUUACACUGAGAGUCAUCGACAAUCCCUUGGAGCAGAAUCGGAGGCUGGUCAUAGCCAAGCCUCGGAGGACCAUGCCGCACACACCGCUCAUGCAGACGAGGGUGGGGAUAGUAGCUCCCAUCACGAGCAUGAGGAUGAUGUCUUCAGCGACAAUAGUCCUCGAAGCUCAAUGGGGUCCAUGUCUGAGGCCGAGCGCGACGGUGCCAAGCAGAUUUCACCGCCAAAGACGAGGACUGCCCGCAUCUCGGAUAUACCCCAGUCUGACGCGGACGAGGAAUUUGUUCCCACUAUACGGGGCACGCGAAGGCCAACAUUCAGAUCUCCCUCCUCUGUCAUGGCAAUGCAGAUGUCUUCUCCGCCUGCGUCAGCCACUGGAACUCCCAGAUCCAGUCGCCGUACACCAAGAUCGACUGUUUCGAGGCUUGGGUCACCGAGUGUCUCCGCACAGUACUCACCAAGGAAGACUAAGACUCCUCCUCGAUUUAAGAGAAAUACACCGCCACUAGUACUGCUGCAUGUCACUGUGCUCCCAUCACGCUGGGUCUGGGGUCAUGUUUUGGAUAAUGCUCAGCCAAGUGAAUUGAGUCCCGAGGGGAAAACCCUUUGGGAGUCCUGGAACCAGCUGCAAGAUCGUACAGCCGAUACAAUUUCAGAUCGCGGCAUUCUUUUGCCCCACCCGCAGAAUGACUAUGAAGUCUUGGAGGAGCGACUGCUUGAGACUCUGGACCUCCCUCUUCGACGGAGAGCCCGAAUCUUGGAGUGUGGGCAUUAUUUGGGGCCAUCAAAUGAAAUGUCCUUGUCGGAGGAGAUGGAAAGUGAAGACGAGGAUUAUUAUGAUGAACACCGCUCGCCUCGACAGAGCAUGGCGGAGCAAACUCAUUGGUGCAAGACCUGCAGCUCACAGAUCAGAUAUGAUUCGCUCGGUGACGGCAAGGUCUACCGAGUCAAGGUGUAUGCAAGUAAUGGCCUGAUGCGAGCUGGUGCCUGGGAAGCCUGUUGGAAAGAUAUGGAACGAGUCGAUGUCGAGCUGGAGCCCAUAAUUGACUCGAAGCUCCAAGAGGAACUCACCUGUUUGGCUGCUGAGCAGGAGAGGGCUCUGGAAAUGGAAGAACAAGCUGCUGCGGCUGCGGCUGCAGCUGUUGACGAGGAGAUUCAGCAACACGAAGAGGAGGAGGCUGCUGAACGGUCGUAUAUGCCCGAGCACAUGGAUAUGUCCGUCCAUAUGGAGGAGCCCCCUCAGCCUGAGAUCCACGCCAAAUCCAGCCCACCAUAUGAGAAUGACUGCGAAAUGGGAGAUGAGAAAAGGUUGAGAGAGGUUUAUGGCUCUAGUCCACCACCUCGGCCAGAAAGUUCAUCCAUUCCACAGCCCCGACGCUCGGAUCUCGUGUCGCAGGAAACACCAGCUUCCCCGUCUGUGGAGGCUCUCGAGAGACGAGAGGAACGACGCGAAAGCCGGCAGCAAGCUUAUAAGAGCUCUUCGCUGCCUGAGCUCAUCCUUGAAGCUGUCAAGGUGCUCAUGAAGGAUCAAAAGAACGUCUUGAUAGGACUGUUGAGUCUUGUGGUACUGGUGCUUGCUGUCAGGAGUGGAUCGACACCGACUGACGUUGGCGUAAAGGCUGUUGUUCCAGAACCAGUUAUACCAGUCGUAGUCGAAAAGCCUGCUGAAACUGCUUCUGGGAUGGUGGAUCCUUCAACGGUUGACGCUGAACAACAACCAGCGCGGGAGACAAUUAAUGUUGAAAACGAGCCAAAGGUUGAAAUAAUGGAGUCUGCCCAGGCGUCUAGCACGACACAGGUAUCUGAGACGUUAUUGAAUGCUGCACCUACGAGUACGAUUGAGAUUACUAGGACUGUUACAAAGGCAAUGACGGAGACUCGUACGGAAACGAUGAUUGAGACGGUUACAGCAACCAAGUUUGAGACGAUUACGGAAAUGGUGCCUCAGACGAUUACAGAGACGAUGGCUGAGACCAUUACGGAAACCAUGGUUGAGACGGUUACGGUUGAAGCCUUGCCUACGGAGACGGCAAAAGAUGUUCCGAAUAUUGAGAAGUCCGAGGCUGUCGGGGAAGAAACUAUCCCGGAGCAGGUAUCUGUGGGGGAUGAGGGCGGUGAUGGGAUGGGUGAAGAACUAUAG